AUGUCUACACCUGUCGAUGAAGCUCCUGAGCCCAGCUAUCGCACGAACAAAGCUCACUUCGAAUACGAACGGUCGUCAACUGACGAAACAUAUGUGGGAGAUAAGACUCAAGAUGAAGAUCAAAGUCAUUUAAAAGUUGACUGCUCUCUCAAUCCUCAUAAUAUCCUUCAUCCCUCACCAUCACGAACGCGUGAAGAGGCCCAUCGACUAAACGAUGAUCUUGCAAUGCUGCAAGCGGAACGGGAGGUUUCCAACGCCGAGACAGAAAUAGAUAACACCGGCCGCGCCACAUCAAUUCACAGGACCCGGACACGGCGCUCAGAACCAAUUGAUGAGUUUGAUACAACCACGAACCCCCUCCAUGAACAAGGCGCUGCUUACAAGCCUCCCAACACCCCUACAAACCGCUUUGCUCGAUUUGUGAAAAGAAUACACAACUCCAGCUUCCUAGUCCGCUACUUUACGUAUAUCACACCCUUCGUUCUAAUAAUUUUAAUACCGCUUCUACUCGGCGCCCUCGCAUUUCCGAAUGCUGAUGUUGGAGGCGUUCAGCUUAUGUGGUUUUCUGUCUGGCUGGAGAUUGUUUGGCUUACAUUGUGGGCCGGGCGAAUUGUCGCAAAAUGCAUUCCAUUUCUUAUCAGCCUCGUCGCCAGCGUAAUGACAAACAAUUCAAAAAAGUGGCGAGAUCUUGCGAAGCAAGUGGAAUUACCCGCGGCACUAUUUUUCUGGUGGCUUGCCGUGGAGAUAUCAUUUCUUCCAACUAUGAAAAACCAUCAUAUAGAUGGAGACAAGGCAACAAAAUCAUGGGAGCUUGUUGUCAAUAAGAUUAUUCUUGCCGUCUUCGUGGGAAUGACCCUUAACCUUAUCGAGAAGCUCAUAAUCCAGCUUAUUGCGAUCAGCUUUCAUCUUAGGACAUAUGCAGAUCGCAUCGAACUUAACAAGUUCCAAAUCGGGAGCCUCACAAAACUUUAUGAGUAUUCCAAAAACAAAAUAACAAUGGAAGAUCGCGAUUUCGAAGAACCGCCAACGGAUGGGCCAAGCUCUGGAGCUCGAACACCCAUGAUUUACGCUGAUAGAGCGGGCAGAGCUGCAAAGGAAGCAUUUAAUAAAGUGGGCGAUGUCGCUGGUGUAGUUGCUGGUGAUUUUACUGGAAGGAAGGUCACAAAAUCCGACCAUCCUUAUCAGGUGGUUCUCACACUCCUUAGCACAACAGGUGGAAGCCAAGUUCUCGCCAGGCGACUUUAUAGAACCUUCGUCCGUGAGGGUUUUGAUACAGUCUUUUCUGGCGACCUCAAGUCUGCGUUUGACAAUGAGGAUGAGGCCGAUGCUGCGUUUAUCAUGUUCGACAAAGAUAUGAACGGAGAUAUUUCAAUGGAGGAGCUGGAAGCUGUAUGUGUUGAGAUUGGCAGAGAAAGAAAGUCUAUCACAGCUUCACUCAAAGAUUUAGAUUCCGUUGUUUCGAAACUGGACGACGUUUUUCUUUUCAUUGUUGUAGUGAUCACAAUACUCGUGUUUUUGACCCUAAUUUCGACUUCUGCUGCAGGUGUCUUGGCCUCUGCUGGGUCUACUCUACUCGCUCUUUCUUGGCUAUUUUCUGCUACCGCCCAGGAAUUUUUGCAGAGUAUCAUUUUCGUUUUCGUGAAGCAUCCUUUCGAUGUUGGUGACCGUGUUUCUAUUUACGGCAAUACGGGGGCCAAUCUUACAGGCGACGACUAUUUUGUCAAGGAGAUUGCGCUCCUCUAUACAGAGUUUAAGAAGAUGGAGGGGCAUGUUGUCCAGGCUCCAAACAGCUACCUUAACACUUUAUUUAUUCUCAAUCAACGACGCAGCGGUGGCCUUGCCGAAGCUGUCCCGAUUAUUAUUAAAUUCGGUACAAGCUUAGAACAGAUUGAUGCUCUCAGACAACGCCUCCUUGAAUUUGUCCUCUCCGAGAAACGAGAAUACCAGGGCAAGAUUUUGACCGAGCUGAGAAAAGUGACAGAAAACUACUCCAUCACUCUCAAUGUUGUCUUCUUUUAUAAAUCAAAUUGGCAAAAUGAACUCCUUCGCUUGCAGCGACGGAACAAAUUCAUUUGCAACCUCAUGAUAUCCUUGCAGGAAGUUGGCAUCGAAGGCCCGCGGAUGAACCUACUUGGAUAUAAACAGGACCUCCCAUAUCACGUCUCAUACCAGGGUGCUCCUCCGCAGUACACCUCCCAGGCACAUGAUACACCAAGGCCGCCUUCUGACCCUCAACAGGCAGCUGAAGCUCGUGAUACCCUUGGAGAGCUCGGCGCCGCAUCUUCUAGUGGUGUCCAUCACCACCAGUCCAUUCUUCGUCGUCCUGGUGGCACAUCUUCUAGGCCUCGCGGUAAUUCCUUGUCUAGGCACGUUGACUUCUCUUUGGGCAUGUCAGAACUUAGCUCAGGCGACCUCAUAUCUGAUGUGUAUACUGAUCGCGAGCGGCAUCGUGUAGACAAUAUCAUUCGCUCUGUCAACAGAGAGAAUGCCGAACGUCGCAAUCAAGAGAAGCAGGAAAAUACAUCUCUUGACCGUAGCACAUCCCACCAUGGAAGAGUCUCUCUCGAUUCUCAAGCAACAUCAGCAUUAUCCACUCGUGGCAGUCUUUCGUCUCCUCAUAGGAACCGUUUCUUCGGCAGAUUUGGUAGCCGCACUGGUUCUCAUCGUAACCAUCCCAGAGGCUUCCAGGGUGAUGAAGAUAUGCUCGAGCAAGGGCGAUUUACUGGGACAAUACAAGGUGCAAUUGACCCUCGCAGCGGGACUAUCUCCAGCAGAGCCGUACAUGACGACUAUUUGGACCGACACCCAACAGCAAGCGACAUGAGCUUAGUGCAGAGCAGAAGCCCAGAUCGUAAAAACGAAGGGUAUGAAAUGGGCAAAUUUCGAAGCAGAUAG